GCUCAUUCUGGUACUUUAAGCCGAAUGCUCGCCUUUCUUGGAAUGUUCGGGAGUUACUUAAAAUGCAGGUGCUAGCAAGGAGAUUCAUCCGAUGCAAGAUUGGGGAUGGGAAUCGAGCAUCUUUCUGGCACGAUCAAUGGGCGGGGUUGGGCCGCUACUUGCCUACAUAGGAAGCGCGAGACCGAGGCAACUCAAAAUUCCGAUAAAUGCAAGAGUGGUUCAAGCAACAUUGAAUGGAAAUUAGAACCUAUCAGGAGCGAGGUCACAUCAAAUACAAGAACUGCAGAUAAAGCUGCUCCAAAUGUCGGUGCCGAGGAUGGACGGGGACAAACAACUACGAAUGGAAGAUAACCGAUAACUCCUUCUCUUCAACUUUAUCUACAGCAGCAAUGUGGUGGCAGUUGAGGCAAACUUCAGAUUAGGUGGAUUGACACCAAAUGGUAUGGUUCAAACAGGUCAUACCUAGAAAUGCUUUUGUCUACUCGAUGGUGAUACAGGGAAGGCUGUCUACUCGAGACUGUCUCCUAAGGUGGAACGUCGUGUAAAACGCAACAUGCCUACUAUGCAACGGGGAAGAAGAGUCACAUGGCCAUCUGUUCUUCCGUUGCCCUUAUAGUAGUUUGGCAACGCUGGGCGAGAAAAAUAUGAAGAAACCGCCGGCGGAGGUAGCGGGUUGUCAAGUCUGGUUAGAGAGCAUCCCCUCCGUCGACAACGAAGGAAGGUGUAUUCUUGGCAAGCUAUUAAUUCAACAGACUAUCUACGAGUUGUGGAAGGAAAAGAACAACCGGUCAUUCAACAACAAGUCGGUUCCCUCAAAUAACCUCAGUUCCAGGGUUGGAAUUCGGUUAACAACGUAUUAUUGCAAAAAUGGCCCAUGAGAUAAAGGCCCAUAUACAGCUCUCGCAUUUGUCAGCUUCCUCCUCUUCUUCUUCGCCAGUCCCCUCGAUCUUCUUGGAGAGGAAGAUAAUGGAUGGUUUCGGCUAUGGCGGUUUCUCUGGAUCAUCGUACCCGUAUUGGCCACCUACUUCAUAUCACAGUUCGAAUCCGGUGGCAUCUGCUCCACCGUUUACAACGAGCCGCCCCGUUGAAUCCAAUAGUCCGAUUGAAGAAUUAUCUGGUCCGAUGAACUUUUAUGGCUAUUCUCAUCGAUCACCAGCGGAUUGGCCGUUUCAAUCGGCCCAUAUCGGUGUAGUUAAGUCUCAGCCGUCUUCUUCAUCGUUUUACGCAGACAAUACACGACCGGAAAGUUGUGGCUCCAGGGGUGAAGAUUCCUAUAAAGGCAUGUUUUCGCCAAGUGGAAUGUUUACUUCAAGGGAAGUAUCAUCUGUCGGUUCCGUACAUGCCAAUGAAAAUCUCUUUGAGAAACAUCGUUCUCACUUUGUUCCUUCAUAUAACUCAGCAAAUUUGGUUUCUGGGUCUUCAUCAACAUUCAUGCAAACAUGCUAUUCUCAGGAACCAUCCAUUCACCCACACCAUGCAUGCUAUAAUGAUUUUGAAACAGCAAAGGCUGUCUCCAGUUAUCCUGUGGAGCCGGAUAUAAAUAAUAGUAUCGCUCCCUUACCUUUGUCAAGUUUGGAACCAGGAGCAUCCUUUGAUGAUACCCAGAUCAGGUUUCAUUUAGGUUAUGGAGAACCAUUGCCAAGCAACAGUAGUGUUUCUAAGGAUGUGCUUGACAAUAAUCUUGGAGUAAAAUCCAGCCUGCAGAGUUCUUGUAUUGAACCGGUUAACUUUGAUGCGUUGCUUAUAUCUGGUGAAGCCACGGGUCAUAGCAAGCCUUUGUCUGCAGGCUUGGAUCUUCAUAACCCGACAAUUGUCUCACCAUGUUGCAGAGGUCCACGUGCUUCUCAGUCUCCAGCAUUUGAUAUCAAGUCCUCGGAUUCACCAGAUGAUAAUAAACUAGAAGAAGGCAGUUUUGUGUAUCCGAGGCCUACGGCUUUGGUUGGUGAUAUAGACAAAGAAGAUGCCCUCGGGUGCUCCUCGAAGAACACAUGUGAAAAUUCAAAACCCAACGAGAUCAGGUAUUGGGGUCAUUUCAUGGUGGCUGAUUCGGUCGGACCUUCAGUUUCUAAGUUGUUGUCUGAGCAAAGCCAGUCAUGCGAUGCAAUGAGAGUAGAAUAUGGGAAUGCAGAAUCAACUGUCAGCCAUACGAGGCAUUUGUCAAAUAACUCCAAUCGACCAAUUAGAAAUGAUGUUGUCCAGGCCAACCCAGAGCCUUGUAGAGAGAGAGGACAAAAUUAUGGCGAAGAUAAAAUGAAUGAGGAUAAAAAUUCAACAGCCAACGAGAGUAGGUUUUGGGAUGACUUCAUGGUAUCUACUUCCUGGGGACCUUCAGCUUCUAAGUUGUCUACGGAAAGCCAGUCAUGUGAUCCGGUGAGAGUUGACUACGGGAAUGUCGACAGUUCUGGCAGAGGGUACGAGAAUACAUUGGAAUGGGAGCAUUUUGUAAAUGCCGAAUCAGCAGUAAGCCAUAAAACUUGUUUUCUGGAUGAUGCCAAUAACCCAGGUGGAGAUGAUGUUGUUCAGGCCAACCCAGAACCUUGCAAAAAUGGAGAAAGUAUUUUUAGUGAAGAUAAGAUGAAUAUGGAGAAAAAGGCCACAUUGUUCACAAAUCUUGGUCUCAAAGAAAGGAGAUCUGAAGCAUAUGGUGCCUCAAACUGUUCCUUUCAAGAUUUGACAUGCCCCACUUCUUCUCCACAAGUUUCUUUAGUGGUUAAUGCGAUGCAAAAUCUGUCAGAGCUGCUUGUUUGUGAGUGUUCUGACAAUGGAAGCAGGCUGAAGCAGGAGGAUCUUGAGACCCUUGAGAAAGUGGUAAAAAAUCUCACCAAGUGUUUAAAGGGAAACACCAGGCGUAAAACAGAGGCAGGAGAAGCCUCAGUUUGGAAGCAAGCAAUGCCUGUGUCCUCUUCAAAAAUGGUUAAGCUUCAUGAGGUUCCCAAUGAAGGCACUGCAGAUUUUCAGGGUCACUAUGUAAAUCCUUUGGAGAAUCGGUAUGGUGGUUAUGCUUUUACAGAGACGGUGAAUAAGGAUGAGAUGACCCAGAAUAUUAAGAGCAUACUUGCCUCCAACUUCCCUGAUGACCAAGGAUCGCAACCACAAGCUCUCCUGUUCAAGAAUCUCUGGCUCGAAGCUGAAGCUGCUUUAUGUUCUACAACUUACAUGGCUCGGUUUUACCGGAUCAGUAAUGAGAUUGAGAAUCACAAAUUGCUCAAUAAAGAAAGUUCAUCAAAUGCAUCUUCAUCGGGGCAACAACCUUCUGUUAAUCUCCAGAAAUCGGUUCCCGUCACGAAAAAUCCAGAGCCACAGACAACUGAAUCGCUUGCUGUGGACGAAAGCCUUGAGAACAAUGGCAUUACAACGAAUCAUUUAACAGGAAGCUGGGGGCUCAAUUCCGAUUCUGUGGAUGCGCUAUUAGCGUUAAUCUCUGGGAGCUUCUCAGGUUCAUCAGAACAGGGAAGUCAUGGGAAACUUAAGCAUGAUGCAAAUUGUGGAAAGAUCCCGAGUGCUAUACCCGAGGAGAACCCUACAUCCAACACGAGCAGCCAUGUAAAUGAUGUUAUCGACAGAUUUCAGAUUCUGGAAAACCGGGAAGUUAAGCACGAGUACGAGCAUGGGUCUCUGAACUGCUUGGAUUCAGCUACCAAUUCAGAUUCAGACAAGGCGGUUCGACUAACAGGAACAGACAGAGGCGAGAAGAGUGGCCAAAUGCCACAGACACCGACCCAUCAUUCCCUGGAUAACCCAGAAGCUUCAGGCCCAAAUAGAUCCUGCGGAACCAGCCAUGCGAACGAUGUUAUGAAAAGAUUUCAGAUUUUGAAACGCCGUGAGGCCGAGAAUGAGCAGAAAUCUCUGAACAGAUUGGAUUCGGAUUCAGACAAAGUCAUUGAACCAACAGCAGUAGGCAACAAAGAUCAUUCGGCCUCAGAGACAUGCGAAGGUACUGAAGAUGUGAAAGAGGAUAAAGGUGUGUCCGAACUCUCUGGCAGAGGGUACGAGAAUACAUUGGAAUGGGAGCAUGUGUAUAAGGAUGAGUUCGAUGGGCAGAGAGGCUGAGCAGGAACUACGUGCAAUCCAACUUCUGAUAUUGUGAAUGUUGUGUAGUUUGUAAUAAGCAGGACGAACGUGUUGGUGGUUCAAAAGAACAGCGUGCAGUCCAUAUGCUGAUAUUAAAAACGGUAUGUAUUUCAGUGAUGUCGAACUACUGUGUUUUCGAAGCCUUUACGUAAUAAAGCUGUGUACUCAGGAUGA